AACGCACAUGUACAGCAUAAUAUCGUUAAAUGAAGCCAGAAGUCAACAAACUUUUUCUCUCGUCACUGCAUUUCGCAUUUUGCGACUACUUUGAACACAAUAAUCGUGGAAUCCUGGAGGGACUGAAUAGGUAAGACUGAGCAUUACACGUUACAGUGAAACGAGCCACUCUCGGGCACUAAACGCCUCUCGCGCAUUCUUCUCUUUCUGGAACGGGGUACCACACGCUUCUUUAUUUUCUUAUUUGCAGCCCAAACCACCCCUUCAUCUCUUUUUGCUACUUUGUUUACUGGUAUUGAAUGAGGACCAAUUUACGCGUUGUAAUAUCAAUUAAUUAAUACAAGAAAGACGUGUCUGGAGAAGUCACCGCAGCACCGGAGCAAACAUCCAUCUUUCCACCACCGCUCCUUCACCACCUCUGGCCAUUAUACUGUUGGAACUACUACGCUACUGUGUUAAAAUGACAGCAAAGCACCGAGGGAAGAAGAACAAACACAACCACGAAGACUUUAACCAUUUGAAUCAUGAAUCUUCAGAACCGGAGGCGCGAGGUGGAAACCAGAAUGUGCUAUUGUUAAUUUCAUUCCUUAUGAUUGUGCUCGGAGGUGCCACCGGGACAUGGUUCUGUUUCCAGCAGCACCAAAGUAUAACCUACUUAGCAGACAACUUCAUGGGCAUGCAGAUGAAGAUGGUGACGCUUCAGUCCUUCCAGGAAGAAAUUCGACAGACAAAUGAAAAGCAGCACAGUACCAGUGACUUCGAGCUUCGCCUCAACACCCUGGAAGAGUCUUACACGCUGGCUCAGAAGCAAGUAGUCAUGGCCCUGGCCAUGGCUGAGCAGCUAAAGACCUUAGACCUGCCCGCCCAGGUCCUCUCCCUCCACACAGAGAUGAACGCCCAGCUGGCUGAGAUACAGCAGGCCACUGUGUCCACGGAGCAGCUGACUCAGCUGCAGGCCAUGCUGAAGGGGAAGAGCGAGGAGUUUGAGGCUGUCCGGCUGCAGGUGGAGGGCCUGGCGGGGUUGAGCACAGAGCUGGCCCAGAGCGUGGAGGGCCUGACAGGGAGCCUGGCCGAGAGGGCAGGGCUGCUGGGCACCCUGAGUGCCACCAUGGAGGGCCAGGCAUCAGACCUCCUGGGGGUGAGGGAACAGCUGUCUGCCAACAAGGCUCAACUGGAGGCCAGUACAGCGGAGAUCACAAGUGUCAGAGAACUGAUUGAGACAGUGCAGUCUCAGAGUGCCCAGCAGGCCAGAGAGGGGCAGCUGGUGACAGUACAACAAAGUCUGCAGGAGCAGAACUCAGCGGCUCACAGUUUGCACUCUGAGCUUCACGCUCAGCUGGAAGUCGUGCAGAAUCAGGUCGCCCGGCUGGAAGGAGGGGGUCAAGCAGAUGAGCCCUCAGAGGAGGUGGAGGAAGAGGCUGCUUCUGCGGAAAAGGAGCAGGCUGCUCCUGCUGAGGAUGUGGGAGAGAAGGAGGCGGCUCACUUAGAUGGGAAGUCUGUUGUUCAGGAUUAUUCGGCUGUCACAGAGGAACAGACUGUUUCUGCAGAGGAGGAGGGGGUAGAGGAGGAGCAGGAGGACUUGGCAGAGGCAGCACCAGAGGAGGUGGUGGAGGAGGUGCAGGCAGUAGAGAAUGUAGAAGAGCAGGCGGAAGAAGAGGAUUCUGAAGCAGAAGAUGAGCAAGAGGAGGAGCAGGCCGUGGAGGAAGAGGAGGAACAACUGGAAGAAGAUGAGGCCUCUACUGAGGAGGAAUUGUGAAUGUAAGCAGCAAUGACAGCCACCACACUCACAGAGGAUAAUGGACACAUUCAGUCUGCAUCGUGACAAAUUGGAAGGCAUUGCUGAUGUUGAGGUGCAAUAAACAUUUUGUUUGUCUCUCCAAGGGAAAUGGCUGGUCAAUAGAAUCCACACAACUCUGGAAUCAGUAUUGUUACCUCAAUGAAUGUGUGUUUGAGAAGGCUACCUGGUCAGGCAAUGGUUAGUAAUAUUCAGGACUCACCUGCCAAUACCAACCUCAAGAAGCCUUCAUCUAUUUUAACAACACAGCUGUAUUUCUAUAGAUUAUUUUCUGUACACCAAUCUGUCACACUUUUUCUGCAAGCUCAGUUCUAGCCGUCAGAGUUCAAUGUGACAGGGAGAAAAUGAAAAGCCAACAGAAAAAACACUCAUUCACUCAUACACUGUCACACACAAUCAAACAAAGACAAAUUGUGCCUGUCUUGUUGACAUGAGAUGGGCUUUCCUUUUGUCAUUGUCUGAAAUGUGUCUUGGGAUUUUGAUUGGAAUAAGGGAUACGGAAGUAAAGUUACUGAACGUAAGUUACUGUAUCCUAUUUGUUUACACUGUCAAAACCACUUACUACAGGAAUAGCAUGGGGGGGUAGCAAGGGCCAUAUCUAUGGAAUUCUCAAAUGUUCAUGCAGCUUCACUAAAGAUUAUAUUAGUCUAGUAGUUGUAUUUUUGUUUCACUUUUCUUUUGACUUUUGUCUGUACGCAAAGUGCACUGUUAUGGGCAUGGGUUCGUCUUCUGUCUCUCACAAAGUACUGCUCAUCUCAGAUCUCUGUGAUGCAUCUUUAAUCAAAUAAACCCUGGUUCCUCCGUUAUUUUUAAACAGAA